CCCGCCCCCUGCCGCGCUCUUCAUUAGGUGGUUCGAAGGAGGCGGCGGCCAAUGAGCGCGGGGCGGGCGGCGGUUAGGGGCGGCGGCCGGGUGAUGCGGGACGGGGUCCGGACAUGGCGCAGGCGGCGGCUGAGCAGGACGAGCGCAGGAGGCAGCUCCAGGAGUACCUGGCAGCCACAGGAAAGCUGAAACAGCCGAACACAAAGCCCUAUUUAAAUGACCGGAUUAAUCGCCUGGAUCCACUCCUAAAACCAGUUUCUAAACCAGAACAUGCUAACAGGAAGAAGAGGGAUGCUCUCCCAGAUGUGGCGAAGGACGCUCAGAGGGACAGCAAGCUUGCCUCCAAACCCACGCGGCUGGGUGGCCGCGCUGCCCCGCAGAAAUCUUCAAGUGCAUCCCGGGGAGUAGCCAUGGUACAUCCAGAGCAGCCGGGGAAGAGCACAAAGCUGUCCCUGGGGCUUGUCCUGGGUGUGAACCCUUCUACACAGCCCAGAGGGAGGCUCCCAGCUUCUGCCUCUGGUUCCCUAAACCCAGGAGGGACUGAGGAGACCGCACGUGGCCGCCCCGUUCCCAGGGCACCUUCGUCACUGAGCGAGGGCCUGCAGGAACAGCUAGACUGCAACAAAGAGAACUUCUCAGCACAAGCACCUACAAACCUUGUGCAGAGCAGAGCUUUUCAGUCUGAUGGAAGCAGUCUCGGGAACAGGAGAGCCUUGGCUCAUAGGCAAACCUCAGGCACUGUGUCAAGCACCAUCCAGUGCCCAAAGGACAGAAUUAAUAGCUGCCAGGCUAAGGAAACGCUGAUUCAGGACAAAUUCAGGAAGUCCCUGCCAAGCUCAAAGAGUGCAUCUCAAAAACCAAGUGGCAAAACCCGACCGUUGCAACCCCCUCAGUCGCUUGCUGUUUCUACUAAUUUGCUACACAAAAAACCAGUAGUAAAACAUGAAAAAAUGAGUACAGCAGGGCAACCCGUAGGAAAGCCACUUGGCACGCUUCUGGGGGGAAGUCUUCAGCACUGCAGUAGAGCUCCCCAAGCAAAAAGAUCUCCACCAAAGCCUCCAGCCUCCAGCAGGCCCCUGGGGACCGCAAACCUGGGGUCCACGAGGAGCUCCAGCGUGAAGCUGGGCGCCGCGGUGUCGGGGCAAAGGCCCGCAGUUAAAGGGGGGGCAGAGAGGAAGGACGUGAAGGCGCCGCGCGGCCACACGGCAGCGUCCCGAGCGAGAGCCGCUGUGGGCCGGCCUCACAGCCCCAAAACUCAAGCGGCCGAGAGCAGGAGAGAGAGGCUGAACCCGGAGCUGCUGCAGGCACGUGGGGUGCACGCGGGGCGCGUCCCCAAGACCCAGACGGCUGAGGAUCGGAGGAGACAACUGGAGCAGUGGUUGGCAUCCAAAGGCAAGUCCUACAAACGGCCACCUAUGACGCUGCCCCAAAAAAAGCCAGAGAGAAAGAAGCUGCCCUUCUGGAGCACUGUCAAGGAGGAAGAGAAAGCAGAGAAGCCCGAGCAGCUCCACUUGGACAAAAUCAACAACCUGCUAACUGAGUACCUGAAGCUCAUCGAGGAGGGUGUCCAGUCAGAGGAGUUGUCUGCAAUUCUGUCCCACGAGCCCCGAGCAGAGAAAUGCGCCAAGUUCUGGAUCUGCAAAGUGAAGCUGCUCGCCCGGAGCGGCCCCUUUGACGUGAUGGAGCUGUACGAAGCCGCGGUCUGCGCCGGUGCUACCCCACUCCAGGAGCUCAGAGAAGUUGUCCUUGAUAUUCUGAAGACUGCAGGCCAACCACCAGGAGGGGAGAAGGCUGAGCAGCCCGCGCCCUGGGAGCCCACAGCGCCUUGCCUGGCAGAGAGGCAGCACACGGAAUCGACUCCCAGCAUGGCAGGGAGCUCCCUGCCCAGCCUGCCCGUUUCCUCCAUCAAACUGCAGGUUACAUCCGUACCCAGGGGAAGGGAGCUGCCAGAAGGCCAGGAGCUGAAAUUCCUGACGCCAGUGCGGCGCUCGCUGCGGAUAGAGAGGGCAGUGAGCUGCUACCCGGUGAUGCUGAAGGACCAUGACCCUGUCGUGUCAUCCCUCAAUGAAAUCCUGGAUGACGAUGAGGAGACGCAGUACUUUUUCCGGAAAAACAAGGCUUUGCCAGAGGUGGCAGAGGUGGAGGUUUUGAAGUUGUAGCCCCGAAGUGCUCCCCGAGGGGUGCAGGCUGCUGGCUCCCCCGUGCUUCCUGCUGUCAUGCACUUACUUCACGCACUUCUCUUGUUUCCUCUCAGAUGUAAAUACGUAGGGGCGGCAUGUAAUUAGCCUUUUCCACUGUUUUCAAAUACUAAAAAACUUUCAGCAGAGAUGCAGCAUGGCCUAGUGAGUAGUGCGUGAGGUCCGGGAUGGGAGGCUUGGGCUCCAUGCCCUUGGGGCUGCCCUUGGCUCUGCUCCGAUGCACGCCCUGGGGUUAGUGCUGUAGGACAUCGUUCGGUCCCUGUGAUGCUCCAGCACCUCCUGGUGCUUCAGGAAGUGGUGUCCCCAGGGCUUUGCUCCAGUGCCCCACCUGGCCGAUGUCUCCCCGCCAGGAGGCAUGCACAGACCCUGUCCUGGACAUCUGGAGCCGCACAUGGCGGCACCAACCGUGCCAGACUCGUGCCGUGCUCUGGCCCCCAGGAGAGGUUGGAGGUCCUGGGGUGCCCGAGGGAUCGCAGCAGCUUGGGCACGGGCCCCCCCCCAUGGAGGCAGCUAUCAUACACAGACAGUGGUCUGCCUCCUUUUGGGGGUCCUUGGGGUUUGCCAGGCCUGAGCUCCAUGCGUGGCAGGGGUUGGGGGAGGCCAGGGGGCGCAGCCGGGCCCUGUUGGUGCGCUCAGGACCCUUCUGGCAGCACGGCCCCGUUUCCCUACUGUGAAGGGGUGAAACGGUGCUGCCGCCAUAAAGCACAGGGCAGAGCCCCAUCCUUCGUCUUCCCGUCUCACCACAGCCGCUGCUGGCUUCUCUCAGCAUCUUUAUUGGGAAGCCUCGAUGGCUGAGGUGCCGUAUCUGGAGGUCCUGGUGCAGGAUGUGGCCCUGCUGGCAGCGAGGGGGCUGGCUCGGGGCUGCCGCCCCCUGCCCAGGGGCCUGCACACAGUCCCAGCUGCUGGAUUAGGAUUUGGGAGUCGUGCUUUGCUCCCAUCUCCCAAGCUCUGGGGCAAAAGUUUUCCUCAUAACUGAUUUUAUGUCUCUUCCACUCUACGAUACCAAUAAAGCUUAGCCAGGAGUUAAAGAACCUUUUAUAAAUAAA